CAAUUUAAAAAUUUGCUUGCAAUUUUAACUUUAAAGUUUAAUCCACUAUGUGGCGCUGUUCCUUCAGCGUGAAGUUGUCAGGAUGCAAUAUUCCAAUAUUGGUAGAUACUGGUUACACGUAAUGAAUGCUUAUUCGUUUUUAUACGCGUAUGAAAUCGUGUGUUGUAUAUAUAUGUCACAUAUAUAAAUUGGCCCUACACACGUGUCUACCUAUAAGAAGAGGUAGACUUUUGACUAAACUACGUUUGUUUAUAAAUCAAAUUCAUAUUAUUAAUUUUUCUGAUUAAGUACAUUAUGAAGAGUUUAAUAAUAGUAUUUUCUAUUCUAUUUCUAAAUACUUUCGUUAAAGCUGUAGAAAUUGAUAAUAAAUAUUUAAAAUGUUUGGUUUGUAGAUCAACUGUAAAAGAAGUUGAAGAAGAACUGGCAAAAAUUGAUCCUUCAAAGAAAAUUGAUGUAGGUAACUAUAGAUUAGAUGCGAAAGGGAAUAUUGUACAAAAAAAGGUUCCCCUUGCUCAAUCUGAAGUACAUAUAUCUGACGUACUGGACAAUAUUUGUGAUAAAAUGUCAGACUAUGUAAGAGCAACAUAUAAAUCAAAUGGUCAGUUAACAAUCCUAAGUCUUAUAAGUGCAUCUGGUAGUAUGAAUCCUGAAAUGUCAAAAGUUGAUAUUAUUCAAGAUGGUGAUAUGAAUAAAAGUUUACGGUUUUAUUGUGAGGAACUAGUAGAAGAGUAUGAAGAUAACAUUAUUUCAUUAUUUUCUCGCAAAGAAAGUAAUAUUAAACAUCAGUUGUGCACAAAUAUUACAAAGGCAUGCAAUCCUGCAGAUUUUGCUCAUGAAGAUGAUGAGGAUGUUGAGAAAAAUGACAUAAAUGAAGAACACCAUGAAUUAUAAUACCAUAUAGGAAAACAUUAUAUAUUUUUUUAAAUAUAUUUUUGAUAAUCAGAAAAGAAA